AUGAUGAUGGCUUUUUGUCGGAGAGCUUUGGCUUCGGAAGAUGAUGAUGAUGCUUAUUCGCGAUCGCCUUCACCAACUACUGUGCCAUUACCGCCUUCCCGCUCCCCUUCGUCGACUCCCAACGCUGACGCGCUCAAGCCACAUCCUUCAUCAUCGACGCAGUCGGACGGUGAUGAAUCAGAUUCUUCAGAAGAAUCUCGUCUCUCUACUAUCCGAGAAGAAAGCGAAACGCCGCCAGAAACGCCGCCAGGAAGUCCCGAAAAGAAACCAACACCACCAUCUGCCCCACUUGCUGCACCAGUUCCUAUCACACCGUCUCUUGGAAUUGGUUUGGCCAAGACACCGGAUACAACGCCCAAGCCUUCACGCCCAAAGACACCUCCACCUCCACCUUCAGCCUUAUCCUUUGCCUCAACCCCAGCUCCAACAUUGCGGGAAACCACAAAAUCCCCUUCAGAAGGUCUGCCGCUUCCUACCUUCCCCGAACUCAGUAGCCCAAUACUAUCUACUCCAAGUCCAUCACCAACCGGCCCCAGUAGUUUCUUCGGAACUCCGUCUAUGCCCUUCAUUUCAGUACCACCGCCACCAACAGUCGUUCCAUCUCGAGCUGAGCUUUCGACAAUGGAGGAAGGAAUGCAGAAGGAAUGUGCAUUGCUGUUCGCGGCAAUGGCUAGAGGACUCGAGGAUUUCAAAAUACUUGCGCAGACCGCAAGUGAACAGUCUAAAUGGUCACUUCGUCUCCAGACGAAGGCUCAAUGGGAGAAACGCAUUCGAGAUUUGGAAAACAACCUGUUGAAAGCGGGGACAUGA